AUGGCCGGUCCCUUCUCCCGCCUGCUGUCCGCCCGCCCGGGGCUCCGGCUCCUCGCCGCGGCCGGCGCCGGCUCUCUGGCCGCGGGCUUCCUGCUCCGCCCGGACCCGCUGCGGGCCGCCGGGGAGCGGAGAAGGCUGUACCCGCCCAGUGCCGAGUACCCUGACCUCCGCAAGCACAACAACUGCAUGGCCAGCCAUCUGACCCCGACCCUUUACGCCCGGCUCUGUGACAAGACCACACCUACUGGCUGGACAUUAGACCAGUGUAUCCAGACGGGCGUGGACAACCCCGGCCACCCCUUCAUCAAGACCGUGGGCAUGGUGGCUGGAGAUGAAGAGACCUAUGAGGUGUUCGCGGACCUGUUUGACCCGGUGAUCCAGGAGCGACACAAUGGCUACAAUCCCCGCUCCAUGAGACACAUAACCGACCUGGAAGCCAGCAAGAUCCGGUCCGGCCACUUUGACGAGCGGUACGUGCUGUCCUCACGGGUGCGGACGGGCCGCAGCAUCCGGGGGCUCAGCCUGCCCCCCGCGUGUACGCGGGCCGAACGGCGAGAGGUGGAGAGGGUGGUGGUAGACGCGCUGAGUGGCUUGAAAGGAGACCUGGAGGGACGCUACUACCGGCUCAGCGACAUGACGGAGGCGGAGCAGCAGCAGCUCAUCGAUGAUCACUUCCUGUUUGACAAACCCGUGUCCCCCUUGCUGACUGCAGCUGGCAUGGCCCGAGACUGGCCCGAUGCCCGUGGAAUCUGGCACAAUAACGAGAAGAGCUUCCUGAUCUGGGUGAAUGAAGAGGAUCACACUCGGGUCAUCUCCAUGGAGAAGGGUGGAAACAUGAAGAGGGUGUUUGAGAGGUUCUGCAGGGGACUCAAAGAGGUGGAGCGGCUGAUCCAGGAGCGCGGCUGGGAGUUCAUGUGGAACGAGCGUCUGGGCUACAUCCUCACCUGCCCCUCCAACCUGGGCACCGGACUGCGGGCCGGCGUCCACGUCAAACUGCCCCUGCUGAGCAAGGACAGUCGCUUCCCUAAGAUCCUGGAGAACCUGAGGCUGCAGAAACGUGGCACUGGGGGUGUGGACACAGCGGCCACGGGCAGCACGUUUGACAUCUCCAACUUGGACCGUCUGGGGAGGUCGGAGGUGGAACUGGUCCAGCUGGUCAUCGACGGUGUCAAUUACCUGGUAGACUGUGAGCGGCGUCUGGAGAAGGGCCAGGACAUCCGCGUGCCGGCUCCCCUCGCCACCACCCCCAAGCACUGACCCACUGACUGACUGACCCCACCUCCAGCCCCUCGCUGGACCCCAGCCCUGACUCGGCCCCUGCCCAGCCCCCGCCCCCGGGACUUGGGCCACGACGCAUCCAGUAAAAUCCGGUAAUGCGA